AUGUCCCAGAAGGAGCUCCCGAUCAACGGCGUCGACGAGCCGACGGAGGUGGACCCGGACCGGCGUACGACCAACAGCAGCAGGCAGCUGUCCUCGCUGACGUCGCAGGUGUUCUCGCAGGGCACCCGCAACCGGAACACGCAGAUCGUCUCCGGCAUGUCCCGCAAGGCCAUGAACGCCGGCAAGCUCCACUCGAUUCCGGACGUCGCGCACCAGCACUCCAACCACAUGCACGCCGCCGUCGUGUCCUCCGUCUACCACCCGCCGUCGGUCGUCGUCGACAUGAGCGGCAGGGCGGAGCCGGUGGACGCGGAGAAGCUUGCGUCGAAGCACGAGCCGACGUCGCCCGGGCCGGUGACGAUCACGCACGAGGCCACGCACUCGCACCACCACGCGCCGAAGCUCGCCAACCCCGGCCCGCUCGGCCUCUUCGCCUUCGGCAUGACCACCAUCAUGCUCAUGUUCGCCGACACGGCCUGGUCGGACGCCCGCAUCGUGCACAAGGUCCUGGGGUACGGAUUCAUGUACGGCGGCCUGACUCAGUGGGUGGCCGGCAUCCUCGAGUUCUUCAAGGGCAACACGUUCGCCGCGACCGCGUUCUGCUCGUACGGCGCGUUCUGGAUCGGCUGGGCGUUCUUCGGCACGAUGGUCCUCGACGACACCACGGGCUUCGCGUCGACCGCGGAGUUCAAGACCGGCGAGGCGCUGUACCUCGCUCAGUGGGGCCUCUUCACAUUCCUGCUCUUCAUCGUCACCAUCAAGAAGAACCGCUGCCUCCAGGCCAUCUUCUUGACGCUCACUUUGACGUUCUGGCUCCUGGCGGGCGGCGUGUUCUCCGAGGGCUGCAAGAAGGCCGCGGGCUACAUGGGGCUGCUGUGCGGCUCCUGCGCGUGCUACACCGCGUUCGGCGAGGUGCUGCUGGAAGAGUGGGACACGCUCCUGCCCGGGCUGUAG